AUGGCGGCGUCCAGCUCCCCGGGGCCAACUCCGAGCCCCGGCCGGGGCAGCCCAGCCAGGGAGCCCGCGGCCGCCGGCCCCUCGCGGCGGCAGAGGAGGAGAGGAAGUUACCUCCGGACGGUCCCGUCGGCGGCGGCUGUGGGCAGCGGGCAAAGCGGGCGGUCCCGGGCGGCCGAGCAGGUCCGGCGCGGCGUCGGCUACCGCAAUGCCCUCCGCCCCAUUGUUUCCCUUCCAAGAGGAUCCCGGCGAAGCCGAGCCCGGGAACCAGGAAGUUCCCCGGCGCGACACCUCCUGCCGCCGCUAUGGAAACGGCCCCCGCCUCCCAGGGCGGCUCGCCCGGGACCCCGCCUCCGCGCCGCCGGCCCCGCCUGCUUCACCGGCCGCCGCCAACCGUCGCCGCUGCGGCCGCAGCCGCCGCCAUCUUGGCGCGGCCCGGAUAGCCCCUUCCCGGCGGCACGUGCGCGCCGCUCCCGCGCUCCCGCCGUGCGCGCUCUCGCCGGCUGCGGGCCGCGCGCCCGGGGCCGCAGGUGGAGGCCCCAUCCCCAGACCCUCUUAUGCAGGAGGCUUGCUCUCCUAACCUCUGGCGCACGCGUUGGAGGCGAAGGACCUAGAACCGGGCUUCGAGGCAUUGCGAAAAUCACAGACGUUUGCGCUUCCAGUUGGCGGUCCAGAGGAUGGCUGAGACCUGAGAGGCGGUCAACUAGAGUGUGGGUCAAGGAAGUAGUCUUUAGAGCCAAAGUAGCUCUUUUUUUCCUUUUUGGCCCAACUACUUACUAG